AUGGCAAAUAGCUCUACAAACAGCACGCCUGGCUCCUCGGCUAGAGAAGACGCAAUCAGGUUCUACCAGAUUGCGGCGCAGAGGCAGCCGACUCCUGCUGAAACUGCCGCAUACAAAUCUAUUGACCCUCUGGCUUUCGAGAUGUCACGGGUCCCUAUGCGGACUCCAAGACCACUCAAGAUUGUUUGUUGUGGCGCCGGCAUCAGCGGACUGAACCUUGCACAUGAGGUCGAAACAGGCGGCUUUGCCAACUGCGAAUUGAAAAUCUUUGAGAAGAACUCCGAUCUUGGAGGAACUUGGUUUGAAAAUCGAUACCCUGGCUGCGCCUGUGAUAUCCCUAUCCAUAACUACCAGUUCACUUGGGCCCCAUAUCCCCAUUUUCCAAGCUUCUACACCGGUGCACAGGACAUUUACAAGUAUCUAAAGGAAGUUGCCGAGCAGCACAAUCUUAGAAAGUACAUCAGGCUGAGCCACAAGAUUAUCGGUGCAAAGUGGAUCGAGGAGAGGCAGAAAUGGCAAGUCCAGAUUGUUCAGACGGAUGGCCGAGAGCUCGUCGUCUCUGACGGAGAGACAAAAGACGGUGAGCAGGGUGAACCCUUCAUCGAAGAGUGCGAUGUCUUCAUCAACGCCAGCGGCGCCUAUAACAAUUGGCGCUGGCCGACAAUUCCGAAUCGUGAGGCGUACAGAGGGAAUAUGAUGCACUCAGCCUCAUGGCCGGAUGUCGAUUAUGUUACAGGUCGGACAGUCACGCUCAUUGGAAAUGGAAGCUCCGGCAUUCAGAUUCUUCCAGCCAUCCUCGAUCAAGCGGAUAAGAUAUAUGUUAUGCUACGCAGCAAAACCUGGGUUACGCCGGCCCUCGCGAACCGCUUUGCUGGCGAGAACGGUGCGAACAAGAUCUAUACGGAUGAUGAAAAGGACAACUGGUCCAAGGAUCCCGAAGGUUACUAUGCGUAUCGAAAGGAGAUCGAAAAUGAGUUGAACGCGCGAUUCCGACUAUACCUCAAGGAUUCCCAGGCCCAGCAGAUGGGUAAAGAAGCCACCAAAAAACAGAUGACAGCCAGGUUGUCUGCGAAGCCAGAACUUGUCAAUGACUUGAUUCCGGACUUUCCAGUCGGGUGCCGAAGACCAACGCCAGGCAGCGGCUUUCUAGAAGCACUAUGUUCUCCCAAAGUCGAGAUCAUCUGGGGCGAGAUCGACACGUUCAACGAAACGGGGUUGAAGACAGCGUCUGGAAAGCAGGUCGAUUCCGACACCAUCAUCUGUGCAACCGGCUUCAACAUGGGCUUCAUACCCAGGUUUUCGAUCGUUGGCUUAAACGGUUGUGAUCUUCGGGAGGUGUGGACACAGGAACUUCCCACUGCCUACCUUAGCGUCACAGUGGACAAGAUGCCCAACUACUUCGUGAUGAUGGGGCCCCAGAGCCCACUUGGUCAUGGAUCGAUUACAGGUUCUAUUGAAAGGCUGACAAAGUAUAUUCGCAAGCUCGUGUCCAAGCUGCAAACGGAAGCAUAUGCGUCGUUGGUACCAACAGAGGCGGCGACCAAGGCAUGGUUGGCACACGCGCUGAAGUGGAUGGAGAAGACCGUCUGGGUAGAGAACUGUGCCAGUUCUUUCAAAAACGGCAGCUCUGGUAGGACAGUCGUGUCGCUUCACCCAGGGUCUCGCUUGCAUUUCUUCGACCUACUUGAGCAGCCACGAUACGAAGACUUUGAAUGGACGUCAUUGUCUAACGAUCCAUUGAGCAUGUUCGCCUGGCUGGCGGAUGGCUUCACCGCAGAUGAGUCCAGCGCGGCGGCCGACCUUUCGUGA